CCUACCCGCAAAAUAUUCGACGCAUGGAACUCAUCCUCCACCGGCCACCAGCGCGCCGAGAACCACCUCGGCGGCAGCACCGACUGGCGACAAUCCCGCCAAAGGAAACUCAGCUCGCAGUUCACCAGCGGCAUGAGCCGCUGCCGCCGCAUCGCCGACAGUGUCGGCGCCGGAAACUCGAGUUUCGGCAAAGACGGGCGAGAACCCAACGGCGGGUGGGAAGCUGGCGCCAGCGGCCUAAGUGGUGCAGGACAAACGGACGUGAAGAGCUGGCUCACUCGCGAACGAACGGCCGACGGGAAGACGAACUCCCAGGCGGCUGACGGGGAUGAUACCAACGGGCAAACAAAAGAAGAAGACCCAAGCACCGACAAACCUCAGCUCCCCCAAAUCUUCGCCUCCCUAACCUUCUAUGUAAACGGCUCCACCGCGCCCCUCGUCUCUAACCACAAACUCAAGCGCCUCCUCGCCUCCCACGGCGCCACCCUCGCGCAGGGGCUCGCCCGGCGCUCCGUCACGCACGUCGUGCUGGGGACCGAGAACGCACGCGGCGGUGUCGGUGGUGGGCUUGCGGCGACGAAGAUCCAGAAGGAGGUCACGCGGACAGGGGGCAAGGCGGUGCGCUUCGUAGGCGCAGAGUGGGUGCUCGAGAGCAUCAAGGUAGGGAAGCGGCUGCCGGAGUCGCGGUUU